CACUUUUAUUUGAAGUGACGGCGGGAAAAAAGAAAUAAAACUGGACUUUACUUCAGAGAAGAGAAAAAGGCAUGGCGGGCUGACCGGCGUGCCAGAGGCAGGCAGUCCCGUCUGAAGCAGCAGCUGAAGGCCCACAGGCUUACAGCAUGGUGGAUGCUAGUGCAGCUUUCAGGAUGAACCCUCUAGCUGCCCUCAACAUUGACCGCAGUGCUCUGGUGGUGGAAAAUCUCCGCUCCCAUGGAGGAAUGUUCUAUCCUGGAAUCCACCCACUUUCUACAGAAAAGCCCCAAGAGGCUGGGCCUUCCCUCCCACUUGGCUAUGAGCUCUUGUACAAGCCAGAUUUAAACCUAUUAGAUGGACGUAAACCUUCAAAUGGAUAUGUUGGACUUUAUAAGAAUUCAGCUCCGGGACUGCAGAAACACCUGAUUGUCCCGGCUGCAGGAGGUGUUGGACCUAAUGACAAGCCCUCAGACUUGGGCAUGAAUAGUACUGGCAGCUUUGUGAGGUUGCCUUGGGUUAGCCCAUAUGCAGAUGCAACAAUGUACCCCUUCCUUGACAUGGCAUACAAGGCGUCCUUCCUGUCCCACCCAUCCCCAUUCCUUCACCAGCAGCUGGCAUAUCAAUCUCUGUGCACAAAUGGAUCAGGGAACACCACUGCUGGGGAAGGAAGGCUUUUGUAUCUGCCUCCUUAUACCCCAGCUCAUAUCUCCAGCCCCAUUGCUGCCCCAAUCAGGAUUACAACAGCCAACCCAACUCCUGUGGUCCUUUCACCCUUGGCCCACAGCCAGGACAAGAACUUGCAGGGCCUGGGACCUCAAGUGCAACAGGAACCUUCUGCCUUCAUCACCAGUCCUCAGAUCCACCAGAGCCCCCAGCUUCAAGCCAGUCACCACAUUGAGCAUCAGAAAGGUGGUGGCAGCAGUGGUGGUGUCAAAACCAGUCAGCCCAGUUCUGGAAAGAGCAGUAUCAGCAACAGCAAUGGAAGCAGCAGUACUGCCAUCACCGUUAAGAGUUCAGCUGCCAAUCCUUUAGAGCCCGCACUAGUAACUAAUCCUCCCUGCUCAGUACCAUGCUCUGUUCAGACCUCAGUGGUGUCAUCUGCUUCCUUCAGUAAUAGCACCGUGGACCCCCAAAGGUGUUUUUACAGAAGUACCACCUCAGCAUCAUCUUCACUUUCAGUAUCGCACCCCUUUUACAUGGGAAGCCUGACCUCUGAGCACUGUUCUCCGAUGUGCUCAAGCAGCAGUAAAACCAAAGAUUAUAGCUCAAACUGCUGUAGUGUAGAGAAGUGUUUAUCACCUGCAAAGACCUCUUUGGAGAGAGCUGUUGCACAGAUGCCUACCAAAAAACCUGGAGAAAAACCUUUGGAUUUAUCUGCCAAAGAAUCGGAAGGAUUCCCAAAUGGAUUCCCACCACAGUUGGAGGCUUUUGCAAAAUUAGGGUAUUUACCACCAUCUCCUUAUGGGAUACUAGCAAGUCAAGAGCAGCACUUGAAAGACGGGCCAUCUCCAGCUACUACCACAUUAGCAAAAACACCAGAUCAUCCUGAAAUAAUCAACACUGCAUGCCCCCCUUGGGUUAUUCCAGGUCCUUCCUCAGCCAUUGGUUGUGAACAUGGCGAAAUCUCCAAAAGCCGGACCAUCGACAGCGUGUCUCAACCACAGCCACAAAUGCCUUCUUGCUCCCCGACGGUUGAUGUCAACAGUAUCCCCAGCCCUGCCUCAGCAGUAAGAGCACCUGCAACAUCCCCUUUGUUAAAGUCCAAAGCUGAACGGGCAGGAGCCUUGUCUACUAACUCUGAGAAAGUUUUGAGUAAAGGACAAGCUCAUACAUGCUGUGGAAAAGAAGCUUCAACUCCUGCAGAGCCUUUGGCCCAUGACGGUCAUCCUCAUCCACAGCAACAGCAGCUUCAUGCAGAGAAAGGCAACCUUUUUAGCAAAAUCUACAGUGACUCCUACCACCCUUCGACCAUAGGAUAUACAAAUCAUUACAUUCCAUACUCUGUUGCAGAAACUAUAACUCUACCACGCAUGAGCAUACCAGGCAAAGGACCAGUUUACCCCCAACCAGUAGUGCUUGGCAGCACUGGAUUUUACUCGCCUUGCAUUCCACCGAAACAUGGACUGCAGUAUGGAAUACACCAGAACCAAGUCGAAUACAUGGCAUACCAGAAUUCACAGGAAGUUGUUCCCUCACUGGCAUCAUCCCACCCUGUACUUGGCACCAAAGACCAACUGAGGAGCAGAUCCAAUACCCAUGACAAAUCUUGGAAUACAGGACAAUACAUACAUCAUGAAGAUGAUACUUCAAACAAGAGUGACAAUGACAUAGACAAGUCCACAAACCAAACCAUAAAGCCUUCCGACAAAAGCCCCAUUUCUGUCAGAGAAGAGAUCGUUUGUAUUGACCUUGUUCAUGAAGAGGGAGAUAGUGAAUCUCCACAAAUUAAUUUCAGCCCCCCAUCUCCAUCUACAAGAAGAGUUCAUUCGUACAAGUUUGGUGGCAGUUCCAGUAAGUAUGACCACAUUCAAGAAAAUGAGCAGGAUGCUCAAGUGCUCCUUCCUGGCCAGGAUGUUGAGCAGAGAGCAGGUUUAAUGUCCAACACUUUGCAAAAUCAGCCUCAUGAGUGCAGCCCCUCGUCUCUUCCUCCUAGUGAGGAAGUCUCUGAAGAGGAUGAGCCACCUAGUCCAUUUCCAGACAUUCUUGAAGAACAGACCAUGCGCUGUGCUCGAACAUCUAUACAGCAGUUUUCCAGAAAAACGGCUAACACUGGAGUUUGUGGGGGUAAUGAGGACUCAGUGGGUCAAGAGAUUAGUGCACAGAAGAACUGUGUUGAUGUGAAAGGUGUUAAUAAUGAAGCCAAGUCAGAGGCUUUGGCCAGUGGAAAUGAUGACCCUGACCAACUCAGCAGUGGAAAUUGCAAUGUAUCAGGACCUUUUGGUAAAGAUGGUUGUUCGAGCCACUCUGUUAGUUCCAAGAGUGUACUGGCAACAGCAUGUAGAGUCACCAAUCUGAACAGUCCAUCUUCUGGGACCUGUGGUCCAGACAGUCCAGUCUGCAGCAGUAAGGGGCCAGCAUGUAGGAAUGCAACUUCCCAGUUUCCAGCCUGCAGGAGUUUGAAUGCCACAAGCCCAGCUGGUGGAGUCAUGAAUGCCAAGACUCCAUUUUCUGUUAAUGUCAACCCAAGAGUUCCUACAUGUUAUAGUGACAAUGCUGACAAUUCAAAUUCCAUUCGGAAUUUUGUGGGCCCAUGUUGUAGAAAUGGGGCUUUGAGGCCUUCACUUUGUCAACCCAGAAUAUUCAGUAGCCCAACCCCUAGGAGCAGCAGCCCCAUGGCUCAAACCUGCCUUGGCAUCAACCCUAGACUUACAAGCUGUGAAAACCGCCAUCCUGUGCGACCACCUUGUGGGAAUAUCAAUGUCAGGACUCAAACAUGUGCAGGGAAUACUUUCAUUGGUUUAGGUUCUGGAAAUAGCUUCUCUAAAGGCGCCGUUUUUGAAACUAACCAAAUGUCGGUAAAUAGCUCAAGGGUCUCCACAUAUGGAAAUAAUAUUUCUUGGGGACCAGUCUGCCAACAUCUUUCACCUGAUGGUCCCACCAGUGGAGGUUUCAACAGGAUGGCUGCAGAUUUGUCUCCAGAGCCGAACAUUAAAAAGCUUAAGUGUGAAAUGCUGUCCUCUCAUGAGACGGGGCUUCAGAAGGAGAAGCCAAACUCCAGCACCAGCUUCGAAAAUGCGAAGAAGGAUGCCAGCUUCCAGGACAAUAUGGAUCUCCUGGUGGAUGAGUGCAGGGGCUCCAGCUGUAGCAAGAGCCAGGUCUCUGGACUAGCCAAGCGCAUCGCCAAUUCAUCAGGCUAUGUCGGUGACCGGUUUAAGUGCGUGACCACAGAGCUGUACGCCGAUUCGAGAAAGCUGAGCCGAGAGCAGCAAGCGCUCCAGCGAGCAAUGCUGCGUUUUUCUGAGCUGGAGCUGAAGGAGAAAGAGGGAGGAGGAAGAGGAGAAGAAGAAGACGAUGAAGAAGAAGAAGGCAUGAUGGCAGGAGAGAAAGAGCUGGCAGACGGCCAGUGGGGAGACGGAGGGAGGAGAAAAGAGGAGGAGGAGGAGAUAGAGAAGAAGGAAGGAGGGUGGGAGUGUUGCCAACAGAGUGAGGCGAGACGAGGAGGAGGAGGAGGAGGAGGAGGAGUGGCGUCUGGAGCCGCUGCCGCUGCCAAGGCACCAAGAGGUUUACAUCCAUCUUGCCCUCACAGCCGCCUCCCUUUCCUUCCACUAUACCUGAACUCGGACAAGCUCCCCGGCCUGCAGGAGAAGCACUUAACGGUGGAGGAGAAGAACAAAGAAGGUGAAGUUGCUCCAGAGAAAAAGAAAGAAGAAAAGAGUUUGGUUGCACAUCAAGAACAACAACAAAGGUUUCUUCCUGCAGCCAGAAGCCUGUUUCAGGGAAACGUCUCCACGUUGGUCUCUGCUUCAGCACUCAGCAGCUCGAAUCCCAACGUGCUGAUAAACCGGAGGCGUAUUUUCAGCCUGGAGCCUUUCCACCAGAGCAGCAUCACGAGCAGCCGGCUAAAGAGAGGAAAGAACAAAGACAGGGACGAAGAGAGGGAGGAAGAGGACAGGAUGGGGAAGAAAGCCAAACUAAGCUGCGAUUCAAACCUGGAAGAUGUGAAGAAACUGAAAGUCUGUAUUGAGCUAAACGGCCUCCGACUCAACAAGCCCCGCCUCCCCGGGGAGAUCAACCAAUGGCUGCCCUGCGGCCAGAGGUCAGCAGAGGUUGACAAAAAGUUCCAAAUGGGAACGCAGGACGUCAGGGCAAGGUCAGAGGUCAAUGGAGGAUGGUGUGAGCCCGCGCUUACGAGAGCAGUUUUCCACGGGGCUCCGCCCUCUUCUCCAACCCAUCUUUCCCAGAAACUAUGUGAUCCCAACCCCAUAGGACCUGCCCCUGCAUCCUUCAGCUCCCUGAGCUCCUCUCGCCUCCAGGACAAACAUCAGAAGCUGAGGGAGAGCAGGAGAGUCUCCGGCUUCCCUCUUUCCUCACCUCCUCCUCAUCUUGACCCCCAUCCUGCCCGUUGCCGUGACGAUGAUCAUCACAAGCCGAAGGGCAAGCGGCCCUGCAAGACGAAGCACACGGGAGGUGUGGCGGAGAAGGAGGUGGAAAGAGAUGGAGGAGGAUCCAGCAACGAGGAGGAGAAGAGCGAGGAGCAAGAUGAGGAGAGCGAGAAGGUCGGUGCGAAGAAGAGACCGGCCUCUCCGUCUGAACAAGCCAAUUCCUCUUGCUCACCCAGGUGCCGACCUUGCACUUUGUCUCCACAACACACGCACGCCGCCAGGCCCGUCCCGCAAGAGGUCCGCCGGCUAAUUGUCAACAAAAACGCAGGAGAGACGCUGCUGCAGCGCGCUGCCCGCCUGGGAUACGAGGAGGUGGUACUCUACUGCCUCGAGCAACGCAUCUGUGAUGUCAACCACAGAGACAACGCCGGCUACUGCGCCCUGCACGAGGCCUGCGCCCGUGGCUGGUUGGGGAUUGUACGCCAUCUGGUGCGGCACGGCGCCAACGUCAACUGCAGUGCCCAGGAUGGAACAAGGCCGCUGCAUGAUGCUGUGGAGAACGACCACGUGGAAGUGGUGCGCUUCCUGCUGGCCUGUGGUGCCGACCCCACGCUGACCUCCUACUCUGGACGAGGACCAUUGAACAUGACCCACAGCGCUACCAUGGAAACCUUCCUGGAGGAUUAUUUCUCUGACCUCCAGGGAAGGUCAGAAGGUGAUCCGAACAUCUACUGGGAGUUUUACAGCAGCUCAGUUUGUGAGCCAUCUGGUGAGGUAGAGGUGUACAACAUCCUGGCCGACCCACCGGGACCGGAGGAAGAGGAGGAAGAUGACUACAGGGAUGAAGAGGAGGAGCACCGAGCUCGGAGGGAGGUGUUUGAGUUUGAAUUGUCCGACCGACCGCUACUGCCGUGCUACAACAUCCAGGUGUCACUCACGCAGGGUCCCAGGAACUGGCUUCUCCUUUCCGACGUUCUUGGUCGCCUUCGGAUGACAUCACGGUCUUUUCGGCGUCUGUUCCCACAGCUCAACGUGCAGUCCAUCGCAGAGGACGAGUUUUACCGGCAGGCGUCACUUUCGCAGCUCCUGACGGGUCCUGAUGAGCAAGAACUGGCCUCCUUCCGGCCGAACGCCAAGGAUCACUUGGAGCUAGUGGAGGCCAGUCCAGAGCUGGCUGGAAUGCUGGGAUCUUCACUGGAGUUUGUGGAUAGUCGCUGGGACUUGCUGGAUAUCUCACUACCUACGACGCCUCCUCCAGCACUACCAAUGACAAGACCGUCACUUUUCCAGCAUGUUCCACCAUCCCUGCAGAGGGUGGCAACUGAAGCUCGGUUGAGUGGUGCCAUGGGUGGGAAAGUGGACAGUCAGAUGAGUAACGGAAAUGCAGGGUCACAGGGUCAAGGGAUUAAAGGUCUGGGACAGUCUGCUCCAACACCUAAAACAGAUGUGAACAUGUGGGAGUCACAACAUCAAGGAGGUCCACAUGCUGGCGCUUGUACUCCUGCAAAACCAAAGGCGAAGAUGACAGCUAGCAUGUGGGAACCACAAAGACUACGAAACAAAACCGCUGGGAUCACCAGUUCUGCCACGCCUGACCCCAAGAUGGACUCCAGCGUGUGGAAGCAAUGGCAAGGAAACAAAACCGCUCCUGACAAGUUGGAAGCAGUAGAUGGUGGAAGCACGGAUGAACCACAGCGACUGCGGAGUAGGAAUGCUGCCAGUGUUGAUGCUAAAGCGGAUGCUGUGCCAGAAGAGCAGCAAAGUAAGAACACUGUAAAUCCAAGCACUACAGCAGAUAGCGAAACACAGAAAGGACCAAGUCGAGAAGGCGAGACCAGAACUAGCGUACGGGAACCACAAAGACUGCGAAGUAAGAACCCCGGCCCUGCGACAUUGGAUGCUAUGGUGGACACAAAGAUGUGGGGACAUCAGGGACUAAAGAACAUGGUUAGUAACAACAACGCAGUUCUCAAAAGAGAAGCUAAUCCUUUAGACACUCAAAGCCAAGGUGGAAAGACGGUGAAGAUCGACACUACGAUGGAGGACGCCACGUGGCACAGAAACCUGGGGAAUGUCAGAGUUCACAUCAGGGAUCUCGGCCUGAAGGUGGUUGGAGGCGUGGCUCAGAGGGAUGUGAAAAAGGAACAAGGAAAGAUUUGUGGGAAGGGGGGAAGAGUGAAGACCAGGUCAUGACCCGUAAUGUUGUGAGGUCACCACAAAGGUCAGUUAGAAAUGAGUUUGACGGAACGGUAUUUCUUCUUUUUUUUUUCCCUUCUUUUUUCCAUGAAAGGAAAUCUGAUGAUUGUUGCAUCAACUGAAAUGUAACUGUCAAAUAAUGUAAAUUUAAAAAAACAUGUUUGGGUUCUGAAGAGACUGCUGCAGUACUACUAUGUUUUGUUAUUUUAAAUAAACCUUAUAUGUACAGUAUGUGUUAUAUGUAUACUGUAAAGAUGCAGAUUUUUAAUUUAUGACUUUUUUAUUUUAUUAUUAUUUGUAAAUUUAGUCCAGAUUGUAAAUACUGUGCAGUUUCUGUUCAGUGGUUAAUUUGUUGGUCUGAGAGUUUGUUACACGUGUAAUUUUGUAUUUGGCAAACUGUUGGCUUUUGUCUAAAACUAUUUAUGUCCAAUAAAUAUGAAGAAUAAGGAAC